AUGAGUCAUGAAAGGACUGCUAGCGAGCUCUUUCAAGAAAUUUUACAAAACCCGCAUGCAAAACAUACACCAAAACGAACUGUCCCACAAAUUGGCCCCAUGAAACGAAAAAAACGUCGUAAGACGAUGAUAGAGCUGCCCAACAAAAAGCCUCUUAGCCAAGAGUUUGAACGAACAGUUGACGACUGCUCUCAGCGUCAAAUUGCUGCUUCGUUCAUCGAAAAUAUCGCUCCAGAGGAAGAAAAGGAAAAUGCCAAAAAGAUGGCUGACAAAAUUCGAGGCAAUGAAAAGUCAAGCAUUGUUGCUAAACGAAUUUUCAAAACAGCUUCGCCCUCAUGUAUUACAAAGCGAGCAGUGCCUUCCAUCAAGCGAUAUAGCUUCGAUGGGCUUCUGCUGAACAGUCCGAAGCAUCGGGCGAAGCUCCGACGGGAUGACGACAUCAUUUCGUCCAUGUCUCCUCGACGAUCUCGCGAAUCGCAAAAAUUCUUCCAGCUUUUCCGAGAAGCAGCUCAAAAAACCAAACUAGCACGGUAUCGAAAUCAGACCAAAAUGGUCCUGGAGUGCGUUCGGGUCCGUUCGCUACCCAACAACGCUCGUGAUUCCGACAUCGAAGCUGACUGGUCAGACCUCAACAUCGCUCCGAAAGGCGUACUGCACAUCACAAACAGGUUCUACGUGUUUUUUAAUAACUCGGAAGACGCAGAAGAUGCCGUGAACCGUGGCUUCCGUCACGAUCAUGUUGAUUUCAAGGCGAAGCGUUUAAGCAUUCCUGACGCGAUUUCCGAGCUUCGGCCACUUUUAAUGGCCGAGCGACGAAAAGCAGAAAGCCUUGGUGAUAAGUUUCAAUAUCCUGAUAUUUUUGAAAUAAAUAAUAUAAAAGUGAAGUGGGAAGACAGGAAGUUUUCUGAUCCUGGUGACUUGUCUCCGCCAAAUCUCAAAAAGAUGAAGAAAUCGACGUCAGAGUCACCUGAGCGAGACUCGCAUUUCCGAAACAUAAAGAUAUCUGUGUCCAAAGAAAGCAACGACCGUCGAACACGCGAAUCCUCAGUUGACACGGAUCAAGACGAAACAAUCGGCGGUGAGUCUUUAGACAAAGUAACGAGCAACGACGCAGGAUCGGACACUGAAGAUGGCAAAAAGUCCAAGAAGUCUAAAAAGAAGAAGAAAAAUAAGGACAAAGAUAAGGACAAAUCCGAGAAAAAAGAGAAGAAAGCAAAGAAAGAGAAGAAAAAAAAGAAGGGCAAAGACAGAGACUACGAUCGAAGCCGAUCGCGAUCUCUCUCCAGAAGGUCUCCGAAACGAAGUAGAUCUCGAAGCUAUAGCCGCGACAAAACAUCCCGGCACCGCGAAAGAUCCUUGGAAAGAGAUCGACGUUCACGUCCCCAAAACGAAGAACGUCGAAUAACCUCCGAGUCCCCAUAUCGUCGCAACGAUCGAGAUAAGCGGCGCUCUAAAAGCCGUUCUUACCGCCGCUCCCGAAGUCGAUCGCAUAAAUCUCAAAGUCGAAAACGUUCUCCAUCACGAAGUGUAUCCCGUCGACGAGAUCGUACUCCAAUCGAGGAUAAUGGUGAGUACAACCCUCUGGCAAUGCUCAAAUCCAAUCUCGGAAGCAACAAAGAUAGAUCGAAGUCGCGAGAUCGCAAUCGUAGUCGUGAUCGAAGCCGGGACAGAAAUCGAAAAUACGAUCGCGAGCGCAGCCGAGAAAAGGAUAGUCAUAUCACAGAGAGAGGAACAGCUAGAAAACGAUCCCGUUCGAAAACUCCACCGCGAAAUGGUGAUUCUUUUUCAACACUAAAACAAGCUGAAAAGGGCGUUGACUUGAGAAGCCGACUCAGUCGGACUAACAAGCGCGCUGAAGAGCGACAAAAGCGAUUUGGAAAUUCGGAUAACCAAAACGGGAAUGAACAUCAGCCUUGGAAGAACAAUCAGCCAUGGAAUAACAGACAACAACAUCAAAGGGGAUACAAUCAGGGUAACAGAGGAAUGGGUCAGCAAGGAUUCCAGGGACAGCAAGGAUUUCAAGUACAGCAGGGUGCAAACGUGAUGCGAAAUAAGCCGAAUAAGCAAGAAGAGAAGAUGGCGAACCAAAUGAUGCAAAUGCAAAUGAUGAUGCAGAUGCAAAGUAUGAUGAUGAUGAUGAAGCAAGCUCAAACGAUGAGCCAGCAGGUUGCCGCAGCUCAAGAAACGCCACAAUCAAAUGAAAACGCUCCUCAAACAGACACCAACGAGCAAAAUAUGGAUACUGAAGAUGGAGAUAAUAAAGAGAGAAUUACUGAAGAAGCAGCGCAAUCUGGAGAAGGUGCAAAAGAGGAGAGUACUGACGAGAAGAAGGAAGAAUCUGAUACUGCCACCACUUCCACAGCUGAAACAUCUCGUAAGAUGUCCGUGCCAGGCGUGGACAGCUCACUAGAUGACUACAUGACUGCUCAGCAGCAACAGAAGAUGAUGGAACAGAUGAUGGCGAUGCAAGCAAGCGGGAUGGCGAUGGAUCCUCAAACGAUGAUGAUGGCUAUGAUGAAUGGUGGCAUGACGGGAAUGACAAUGGGUCAAGACAUGAAUAUGGGCGGCGCGAGCAUGGAAGAGCAGAUCGCAACGGCCAAGCCCAUGUUACGUAAUUUAGAUACUACAGACAAGAAAUUCAUCGAUACUCAUUGUCACAUCGAUGUCAUGUUCAAGAAAGAAAAUUACGAUGGCGACUGGGACACAUAUCGAGACAACGUGGCAAUUCAAUUCCCAGAGUCUUACGAAGGAUGCAUAACAAGCUUCUGCGACCCGAAGCUCUUUAUGCGAAAAUUCGCGUUUAAAGUAUUGGAAAGCGAGAGCGUUAAUUGUUGCUUUGGAGUCCAUCCACACUAUGCCACUCUCUACAACGCGGAAGUAGAGGCCCAACUCGAGCUUUUGAUCGGUCACCCAAAGUGCGUCGCUUGGGGUGCAGUUGGGCUCGAUUACACGGAUAAGUAUGGCCGAACUGACCAUGCCUUGCAGCAAGCAGUUUUCAAGCGUCAAUGUGAGCUUGCGGUUAAGUACAAAAAGCCCCUUGUGGUUCAAUGCCGCCGAGCAGAGAGUGAUUUGAGCAGGAUAUUGAAAGAAGUAGUGCCCAGAGAUCAUAAGAUUCAUCGUCACUGUCUAAACGAUAGACUCGAAACUGUUAAGGAUCUCAUGGAGCACUUUCCUAAUAUGUACAUCGGCUUUACGAAUGUCAUAACGAAUAAUAGAGCGCAAGAUGCGCGUGAUGCAGCUGCUGCAUGUCCAUUAGAAAGAAUGUUGCUUGAGACUGAUGCCCCACAUUUUGUUCCUAGAACACUCCGUAGUGAAGUCUUUGGAGGUACCACUCCGGUCUCCAUGUCUCACCCAGGUAUGGCAUUAUGCGUAGCCCUCGAGAUUGCGCAAAUGCAAGGACGUACUCUCGAUGAGGUUUUGGAAAAGACAAGAGAAAACUGUCGUAAAAUGUACGGCGUCUAA